GUGUCCGCAUAUCAGUGGCGUGAAAAACAGUGAAACUAUACGGUUUGAGAUUAGUGUAGGCAUUUUUUAAUUGGAUUUUUAUUUAGUCUUGGAGGAUAGGUAUUCCUGUGUUAUUGUGGAUUUGCCUAUUCCUCUUGAACCGCUGGGUAUAGUUAAUAUUAUGAUCCAAGUAACAUAGGCGGAUAUUGGGAGGGACGGCUUAGGCCCCCCAAAAAAACGUAAUCAAGCCACACCAGACGGUUGAAACGUCUAAAAAUAUGUGUUUUCAUGGAUAAAACAAAUCUUACGGCCUACGAAUGUGACCAUUAAAUGGCAUUUGAAUUUUAUCCGCUUAUGCCAAGCAAGUAAGACGUAAAAAAAACAUGUUAUAUUUUCAAGUGAAUAUUAUUUCAAUACACGUUUCGAGAUCCAAAUACAAGCAAAUUACAAUCAUGGAAAGUUGGAAGAAAAUUACAUAUGUGGUUGCCAUUUUUAUGUUUUUAGUAGAAACACGGCCAUUAGAACCAUAUUUAACAGCUUAUCUCACUGGACCAAAUGGAAAAAUUUCUCUUUCAGAGGCGGCUAACUCGAUGGAAUCUUUAAGAUCAUACUCUUCUCUUAUAGCAACGCUGAUAAUGUUAAUCAUCUCAGACUAUCUUCUAUACAAGACUGUGGUCAUAUUCUUAACAUUAUGCUUAUGUAUCAGUUAUAUUCUCAUGAUGGGUUCACCAAGCCUAACAAAAUUGAAAGUGUCAAUGGUCUUCUACGGAGCAAGAUACUGUGUCACAAAUGUAGCAUCAUGUUAUUUAUUUGCUCAUAUCAAAGACAGAAAGCAUUUCCAAAAGUCUGCCAGCAUAGCAGCUGUUGGUUUGGAACUAGGAAAAUUUUUUGGAGAUGUCUCUGGACAAAUUAUAGUCAGCUCAAGUGGAGGAAUUUACACAGCACUUCCAUACUGUAAUGCAUUUGCUAUGUUAUUGGCUACAAUUUGGGCUUUUUUAUUUCCUCCUAUUAAUAAAAGGAAUUCUUUGGAGAUAUAUUUACCAAAUGAAAAGACUACACUUCUCAAAACCAGUGAACAAAUUACAUCUGACUCUCAUAAAAUAAAACAUAAUUUUAAUACCAGGGUAGAUACAGAGUAUAAGAUAAUAAUUGUUUUGAAACAAAUCUGGCUGGAUUUUAAAACUUCAUUCUUCAAAACAGUUAUUUUGAAAAAAUCACUUUGGUAUAUAUUUGGCAUGGCAGCAUAUUUUCAGGUUUUAAAUAAUAUGAACGUAUUGUACUCAUAUGUUGUCAAUAAAUAUGGUAAUAAUGAUGUUUUGUCAAAUGGAUUUGCUGAGUCAAUGGUCACAUUGUGUGGAGCUUUGGGUGCAUAUCUUAUUGGUAAAGUGCAAUUGGAUUGGAAUUAUUAUGGUGAUAUAUUUACUUCAUUUUGUUCUACUUUGAUGGGUGUUUUCAUGAUAUCAUGUUACUUUUAUGAACAUAUACAAUUAAUAUAUUUGUCAUACAUAUUAUAUGGUCUAGUUAGUGAAGCAAUAUUAGUAAUAACCUUAUCUGAAAUAGCAAAUCAUCUAAAAAGUCAAUGUUAUUCCCUUGUAAUAGGGUUUAAUUUAUUAGGUUCUUUAGUUAUGUCAGCUAUUAUGACAUUUUUUUUUGUUCAAUUUAAUUUUUUAGAAAUUACUGUUCCCGGAAGAUUUUUGUUCAUUGGUGGUUUGUACAGUAUCCUUGGAAUUGUGUUUUUGGUUGUAUAUUUUUUUGAUGAUCAAAAAGAAAAAAAAUAUAUGCCGACUGAUAUUUAUUAUUAAGACGUUUAUUGUUAUACAUUAACUCAGAUAUUUUUAAUAGUUAUUAAUGGUUGAUAUGAAUUCAUAAGUACACAGAGUUAUGAAAAUAAAAUUAUAAAAAGCCACAAAUUAUUGUUAUACAUCAUUACCUCAGGUCGUUAUUCAAUAUUUAUGUUACUAAAUACUAGAUAGGUACCUACCUGCUGUACCUACACAGUAAAUAUGAUUCAUUUCACUGGGUGAUUUAUUACAAGCAACUUGUUAAUUUAAAUUUCAAUCGGUAUGAUACCUA